CCCUUGAGGGGGGGCGGCUUCCCCGACGUCACCACGUUGGACCGAACGUCGUUGGACUCUGGACGCUCUCUGUGCUUCACCGGCGGGGAAGUUAGCGAUCGGUCACAUUAGCAAGGAAAUAUUGUGAUUUAAUAAGAUCAGAAAUGGCCCUGACACAGGUUUCCUCCAACAAGUGUGCUGGUGGCUUCCAGAAGGUUUUCGAACAUGAAAGCACUGAGCUGAAGUGUAAGAUGAAGCUGGCCGUCUAUCUGCCUCCCAAGGCCGAGACCGAAAAAUGUCCCGUCAUGUACUGGCUCUCUGGUCUGACGUGUACGGAGCAGAACUUCAUCACCAAAGCCGGCAGCCAGCUCGGUGCUGCAGAGCACGGCCUCAUCAUCGUGGCUCCAGACACCAGCCCACGUGGCUGUAACAUCGAGGGUGAGGACGAGAGCUGGGACUUCGGCACAGGAGCUGGUUUCUAUGUGGACGCCACCCAGGACCCCUGGAAUACCAACUACCGCAUGUACUCGUACAUCACGGAGGAGCUCCCGAAACUCAUCAACGCUAACUUCCCCACCGACCCAGACAGGAUGUCCAUCAGCGGUCACUCCAUGGGCGGCCACGGGGCGCUCAUCUGUGCCCUGAAGAACCCUGGGAAAUACAAGGCCGUCUCAGCGUUUGCCCCCAUCUGUAACCCCGUUCAGUGUCCCUGGGGUCAGAAGGCCUUCUCAGGAUACCUGGGCUCUGACAGGUCAACGUGGGAGGCCUAUGAUGCCACCAUGUUGGCCGCUUCGUACUCGGGCCCCCAGCUGGACAUCCUCAUCGAUCAGGGCCGAGACGACCAGUUCCUGUCAGCCAGCCAGCUGCUCCCCGACAACCUGAUCGCCGUCUGCUCCGAGAAGAAGAUCCCCGUCAUCUUCAGGCUGCAGCCGGGCUACGACCACAGCUACUUCUUCAUGUACUCCUUCAUGAACGACCACAUCAAGCACCACGCCAAGUUCCUCAACGCCUGAACCGCACCAGGUUUCCUCCACUCUGCUGUCCACUGGAAAAUCAACUCGGCGUUUCAGCGCUGAUAGAAAUGUGGAAAGCCUCGGUGCCUUCAGUCUGAACAGCUCUUAACCAGACGUCGCACAUGAAAACACAAGCUCUUAUUUUGUAGUACUUUUGUGUAGCUGUGGUUACUGUCAGUGUUUUGGAAACAUCAGCAUGUGGCGCCAGCAUGUGGAGUUUCUCACAAUAAAGUCCUUGAUUAUU